AUGAAGGUCUCCACCCUCCUCCUCGCCGCGGCCAGCAUGGCCCAAGCCUCCAGCCUCAUCCCCCGCCAGCGAGCCUCCCUCUGCGAGCUCUACGCCUACUGGUCCGGCAACGGCUACGAGCUCCUCAACAACCUCUGGGGCAAAGACACGGCCACCUCUGGCUCCCAGUGCACCUACCUCAACGGCGCCUCCAACAACGGCAUCUCGUGGUCCACAACCUGGACUUGGCAGGGCGCCCCCGACAACGUCAAGAGCUACCCUUACUCGGGCAGGCAGGUUGCCAAGGGGAGGAAGAUCAGCUCCAUCAACAGGAUGCCGACGAGCGUCACGUGGAGGUACGACAAUGAGAAUGUGAGGGCGAAUGUGGCAUAUGAUGUCUUCACGGCGGCGGAUCCGGAUCAUCCUAAUUACGGGGGGGAUUAUGAGUUGAUGAUUUGGUUGGCGAGAUAUGGGAAUGUUUAUCCCAUUGGUACCAAGGAGCGGACCGUCACCCUUGCUGGGAGGUCUUGGGACUUGUGGGUGGGGUGGAACGGGGCUAUGAGGGUGUACAGCUUUGUUGUUCCCUCGGGGACGGUCAAGAGCUUUAGCGCUGAUGUGAAGGAGUUCUUCCGGUAUUUGGAGAGCAAUUACCAGUACCCGUCCAGUCAGCAGAACUUGAUUGUGUACCAAGUCGGCACUGAGGCCUUUACUGGUGGUCCGGCGACUUUUACUGUCGAUAACUUCUCUGCUGACUUGCAGUAGCGUGACAGAGACAUGUUAUGUUCGGGGAUUGAUUGAUUGCCGUAAUGUCUCUUGUGGUGGUCAUGUUUCUGGUUGGACAAUGAAGGAAUUAUCAUGAUGCAAGGACAUGUAGAUAUUGUAUCUAGGAUAACAUACUGUUUUAUACGCACAUAUGGCGGGUUUAUCUUGCAAA